AUGGAAGACCCCCUGUAUGUCGCAUUGAUGAAGGAGCAGCAAAAGCAGGGGAAGCCGUCCCCAUCCAUCAAGCGUAUUGCUAAGGCAAAACGCGACUCUGCAAGCGCCAGCACUAGCAGCGGUCCCCGGCAUGACUACAACGAAACUGAGGGCGACACGGACGUCAGCGACGACAAGCUUGAGGAGAUCGUGUCGGAAUCGGACAGUGAUGCCGAUUCCGACAACUACACGGACGGCAGUGACGACGAAGUGGAAGAUUCGGACGGUGGCGAAGAAGGAAGCGGUGACGACCGUAGCACACGCCGGUCGAAGAAGGAGAAGCGCCCGCCGGCAUCGCGCAACAAGCGACAGUGGUCGGACGCUGAGCUGACAUCACUCGCGGCCGCCCGUUGGAACACGAAGGACGACCUGAAAGCGAUGCUAGGGAAGCAAGGGAGCCAGUACUGGAAGAAGCUGCGAGCUCACAUGGUUGAGAGGGAUGCCACGUGGGACCGCGAUGAGGGGCAGAUGUCGAAUGCGUGGAAACGCCUCGAGAAAAAGUACCUGAAAACGAAACGGGGGGGGACGCAGAGUGGGGGGAAAGCAAUCAAGAAGAAUCCGUGGUGGGAAUACGUGUAUCAUCUGAAGAAACACUCGGCGAAAGCCAAGGCCCACGCACUGGACGGAAGAGGCGCCGCUAACGUUGACGUCCCUGCGUACGCUACCGUGCCCGGCACCAACGACGGGGAGACCUCGGCUCCUCCCUCGCAGGGACGUCAGUGUGCUACAAGACUCAACGCAUCUACUUGUCCCCCCAUGAACAUGGCGGCGAUUCAGGCUGGCUUACAACUGCAGAUGGCCAGUCCGCCCGUACCACCUGCGGCGCCCUCAACUACGCCUCCACCAGCACCGCCUGCAGACGCAUGCGACGCCAACAUGGCGGAGUCGGAGGAUGUGGCGGAGCAGCACGAGCCUUAG